AAUCACAGAGACAGCUCCAUGCUGUUCACUUGAGACGGUCUGAUAUCAGAGGUUCAUGCCUUACUCGCAUUUUUUUUUACAAGCUUGGAUGAGUUGCAUAAUUUAAACUCCUCCAGUCAGGUUCAGUGUAUUCCGAUCUUCUUUCAGUGCCAUGGUUGCCCUUAUGUAUAAAUGAACUAUUUUGUUCAUUUCACUUCUGCUGGGCUACAAGCGGACGGAAAAAGCAGAACCUGCUCUUUUAUGGGAACAUCAACAUUAAUAAUUAAUUUCAACUGUUUGACUCGGGGGUGAGGAUUUUCUAACACAAGCCUGUUGACAGACAUGCUGGCUGAUGCUGAUGCCAAGGGGAAGUUCAUACAGCCUCAGGUUUUAAAUCCAGAACAGAAGGGAGUAAAAAGAAUAAGAUGAUACAAUCAUGGUCCUCCCCCCAACCCUAAAAAUCAGGCAAAUGAAGCCUGAAUGUUUCUUUCCUAUGAGACUCUUUACACUUGGAGAAGACUGAGAAGAAAACCCUUGGUAAGCAAAUUGACUCCCUGCAUCUGAGACAGGUUUUAAACAUCCAUCACUACAGUUCUUCUAAUGACCAGAAAGGCAGAGCACAAAACCCAGAGAGGAAGUGGGGAGGGAAGGAAAAACUUAUUACAUAUUUUCCACCAAGAGAACAUAAAGAAGAGUGAGAGAUUGGGGAAGGGACUAACACAAACUUCUACCCAGGGGAAGAAUAAGCAGAACCAGAGCGGAAGUCAGAAUAGAGGAGAAAGCAGCAGUCACCAGUGCACAGCUGUACAAGAUACACUGACAGUUGGAAGGAUGGGAAGUCCCAAAAGCAUCUCCUGCCUGACACCCAAGCAAAACCAUAGCAGCAUCUGAAGGCUCACCAAGGAAACCCCUGCUCUUUGGAAAGCUUUUUGAGCCUGGAUAAUCAUGAUGGGGAGAUGUCAGGUGGAUGAAACUGCAAAAGUGUCCAGUUGCAGCAUGAAUACCAUGCCCAUGGAAUGUUACAUGGUCCUUAAUAGCUUCGCUCAGAAAACAACCAUAGCUCUACUGUGCUCCAUUUGUGGGAUUCUGUGCAUUUUGGAAAACUCUUUGGUGUUGUAUCUGAUAUUUGCUUCCCCUAAGAUCAGGAAAAAGCCUUCCUACCUCUUCAUCAGCAGCCUUGCCCUAGCAGAUGUCCUAGCCAGCAUUGUAUUUGUCUGCAGCUUUCUUGAUUUCCAUGUCUUCAACAGAACUGACUCCUCUAAAGAGAUCUUCUUGCUGAAGCUCGGAGGGGUCAACACGUCCUUCACAGCAUCCUUGGGCAGCUUGCUGCUGAUGGCAUUUGACCGCUAUGUCUGUAUCUAUCGGCCAUCGGAAUACAAGGUCAUCGUGACGAGGAAAAGGGCUGUGGUGGCCAUGGCUGUGAUGUGGAUAGCUACCAUAAUCACUGCCUUCCUGCCUCUAAUGGGGUGGAACUGUUGCAGGCUAAACUCAGCCUGCUCUGAGCUGUUUCCCUUUGUUGAUAGCAAGUAUCUGUCAAGCUGGAUCUGCCUGGUAAUGAUUCUGCUGCUGUGUAUAGUGUACACCUACGUCCGGGUGCUGUGGAAGGCUCAUAAGCACACAGUGUACAUGGAGAAACGCCAAAGCCAGGCUGGGAAGCGGAAUGCAAAGAUGAGGAUGGACGUCACGCUCGCCAAAACAUUAGUGAUGGUCCUGGCAGUUGUCAUGACAUGCUGGUCCCCAGUGCUGGCUCUCAUGAUGUACAGCCUCUUCGUCAGCCUGACUGAUCACAUCAGAAAGGUGUUCGCCUUCUGCAGCACCCUCUGCCUGGUGAACUCCAUGGUGAAUCCCAUUGUGUACGCCCUCCGAAGCAGGGAGCUGCGCUCCUCUUUGAGGAAAACCAGCUCGCGGUUCAGAAAGAAGAUGAUCGCCUCAGAGAGCUCCCCGACCCCAGAAGUAGACAGCACUCUGAAAUCCUUACCGAUAGAAACCAUCUGUGGUGACAUUGUGUACAACACACACAUGAAUCUGCUGAAAGCCUGAGCUUUGACACAGGAAACAUAUGACAGAUUUUGUAUUGUUUCUUUGAAAAGGAAGAAAAUCUAAAGCUGCUUUUCUCUGUAGCUCCUGGGAGGAUUUGUGACUGAAUGCCUUGCCUGGGAAAUGAAGUCAUUUGGCUGUAAUGGUAUUAUGAAACAUUUGCAGAUCGCACCCUCCUUGUGCCUGGGACUUUACUUAGUGAGUAAAAGACAUGGGCCCAGAUUUGUAGUGGUAUUUAGGCACCUAAUUCCCAUUGAUUUCCAAGGGAAUUGGCUGCCUAAGUACCUUUAAAAAUCUGGGCUGAUGGUUCCUACCUUCUAAAGAUCAGAUAAACCCAACCAAAGGAAGACUGGACCAACUCUACCAUACGAAUACUACGAUAGCAUAGCAGGCAUUCAUAGAUACUACAGUGAUGGGUGCGCUACAAACACCAUGGAUGGAUGGAUAAACAACAGAAGCAGUCCCCACUAUUUUAGGGCAACCCUCCCAGUUUACCAGACUUAGUCUACAACUGUGUCAACCAGUGAUCUCCUUGACCCACUUAUCUUGUAGUCAAUGACCUCUUUCCUCCCUACUCUAAAAUUAAGUUCUGGCCCAAGUAAAAUGUGCUUUGACCCACGUGGCUGUAGCACAAGGGUGGUCUGUGGCCACUCUGCUGCUGGGACUGUAACAUUUUAUAUGCAGUUGUGGUUCAAUAUGCUAAGGCAUCGAGCACACCACAGCAGUGGUGAGAGCCCCACACUCCUGUUAAACUCAGUGGAAGUUGAGCACCUUGUGCAGGAUGGAGCCCUCAGUGGGUCUUAUGCCUAGAUACUCAAAGGUAUUCAGACUCCUGACUUCCACUGAAAUAAAUUGGUGCCUAAGUAGCUUUGAGGAACUGGGCAGUCUGAGAGCCUCAGUGUUUAGGAGUUUGAUUGUAUUCCAGGAACAUUUACAGCCAAGUAUGGUUCCAAAGGAAAUGUAUGAGUGUGGUUUAUUUCUCAUCCAACUAAGGAGGCACAUUUAUCCCUUGAGUAAUUUCACUGACUUUACCAGGACCGCACCAAAGAAGAAUUAAGCCCUUUGCCUGGAAUUAUUGAGAAGCUGUUUUAAGAAGGUGCUGUAUUGUUUUGUCCAGAAAUGCGUAUGUGCUGAAGAUGUUUUCUACUCUAGGCAGGCAAGAUAUUUGUUCCUAGGAAAUAAGACAUUCCAUAAGUAUCUUUUGCAGAACAUGUCAACUGGACACAGGCAAAAUAACACAGGCAAAAUAAAUAUUGGGGAUCGGUCCUGCUAUUGGGGAUCAGUCUUGCUUUGAGCAGGGGGUUGCGCUAGAUGACCUCCUGAGGUCCCUUCCAACCCUGAUAUUCUAUGAUUCUAUGAACACAAGCACCAGUCAGUACAUGUGGCCAAGAGCAUGUCAUAAAGACUUGCACCUACUUUACACCAGUGCUGAAUUUGCCCCCUUGGGUGCAGCAUAUUAAUAUGAUUAUAACAUCGGCCUCCCAACUCCUGACAAACACGAGAGAACAACAUUUGAAACUUAACAAAGCACACUUGGGCGGUUAAUAAUUGACCUCAGUCAUGCACAUAAACUUACCUGCAGUAGUAUAUGUAAAUAUGCCUCUUGUGCUACAUACUAUAAACCACUAUGUUGUAUUUAGCUUGCAAACUGCCAUGGUAAAUCUAUUAGCACAUCAUUAAAUGGCUUAUUUGUUUUAAUAGUUAAACUCUAUACAGAGUAAGAAUAAAGAAUAUUUUCUCUA